AUGUCUGACCAAACCCAUACCACUCCAGCUCAGCGCUCCAGGGCAGAACGAGAACUUCGGCGACACAUCGACAACAUCAGAAAUGCCAUGGCCAACAUCUUGAAAGAGAAGAAGAUUGUCGAUCGGAUGAAUGGACAUCAUUACUUCAAGUACAAGAUCACCAAAAUCCCUGAAAAGAUCUACCUCAACGAGCCGAACGGGCAGACCAAUAACCUUCUCUCCAAGUUGCCUAUUGAAGUGAUUCAUACCAUCUUCAAACUUCUUCCGUUGGACGCCGACCGAGCCGCACUUGCGCUGACCUGCAAAGCAAACGCCCAGACGUACGAGCACCUCAAGGACAAGAUGGUAACAGUGGAAGUCAACGGCAUCGAUACAAAGCAGUACUACCUUCCACGCCCACAGCGAGUUACCGAUAUCCAUCGUCUGCAAGUGCUCGUCCGCGUCAACCAGGGAUUCAUGAGACCGGCAGGAAAAUACCGGCUGUGCUACAAAUGCAACCAGCUCAUCGACACCACUCAUCCAGACAACGCAGGAGGAUGGGGAGGAGAUCGUGAGGACCCAAGUGUCGAGAAUGCUGGAGCGACCAAACGAGCGAGGGUCCGUGGUCCGCGUUGUCCUUUGUGCAGACGCGCAGAUCAACUGGAGCUCGCCAAUCACCGCGCCGAGUUCGCUCAAUUCAAGCGCAUGGUAAAGAACAUCACCAUGAAAUAG